UAGAAGACGCGCAUACUCACAAGCCCGCCAGCCGUCCAUUUUCCCGCCAUCCCCAACAGGCACUUGACAGAACGUUAAACCCAUCAACGAGGCUUCGAAGUUCCGAGGGUUUUUCCAUCUUAUAUGCUCCGGAACAAGAAGAAGAAAAAAGCCAUAUCCGGAAGCUUCAACAGAAACAGAAGAAAUGGUUGACAAUGUCGACGACCAAAGCAAGCUUCCUGAGCUCAAACUUGAUGCUAAGCAGGCUCAAGGGUUUCUCGCAUUCUUCAAAACCCUACCCCCCGACUCAAGAGCUGUUCGAUUUUUUGAUCGUCGGGAUUACUACACUGCCCAUGGCGAUAAUGCAGUUUUCAUUGCAAAGACCUAUUACCGUACUACAACUGCUUUACGACAACUGGGUAAUGGAUCUGAAGCUCUGUCUAGUGUGAGUGUCAGCAAAAAUAUGUUUGAAUCCAUUGUUCGGGAUCUUCUUUUGGAAAGAAUGGACCAUACAUUGGAGCUUUAUGAGGGUAGCGGUUCGAAGUGGAGACUGGUCAAAAGUGGAUCACCUGGUAAUAUUGGCAGUUUUGAAGAUGUUUUGUUCGCCAAUAAUGAAAUGCAGGACAGCCCUGCUAUCGUGGCACUAUUGCCGAACUUCCGAGAAAAUGGGUGCAUUGUCGGAUUAGGUUAUGUUGAUUUAUCAAAAAGAGUGAUGGGGAUGGCUGAAUUUCUUGACGACAGCCACUUUACAAAUGUGGAGUCAGCUCUGGUUGGUCUUGGUUGUAAGGAAUGCCUUCUGCCUCUAGAGAGUGGAAAGUUCGGUGAUAUAAAACCUCUACAUGACACACUGACAAAGUGUGGUGUGAUGCUGACUGAGAGGAAGAAAUCAGAAUUUAAAAUGAGAGAUUUGGUGCAGGAUCUUUCAAGGCUCGUCAAAGGAUCUGUUGAACCUGUCAGAGAUUUGGUAUCUGGAUUUGAAUUUGCACCUGCUGCCUUAGGAGCAUUGUUGGCUUAUGCAGAAUUACUGGCAGAUGAAAGCAAUUAUGGAAAUUAUAUAAUGCAGAAGUACAAUCUUGACAGCUACAUGAGGUUAGACUCUGCUGCCAUGAGAGCAUUAAACGUCCUAGAAAGUAAAACUGAUGCAAACAAAAACUUCAGCCUGUUUGGUCUUAUGAAUAGAACCUGUACUGCUGGAAUGGGUAAAAGAUUGUUACAUAUGUGGCUGAAGCAGCCUCUGUUAGAUGUUAAGGAAAUUAAUUCUAGACUGGACCUUGUUCAAGCUUUUGUGGAGGAUACUGCUCUCCGCCAAGAUUUGAGACAACAUCUCAAAAGAAUCUCUGAUAUUGAGAGAUUGACACACUAUCUUGAGAAGAGAAGAGCUGGUUUGCAGCACAUCGUUAAACUUUAUCAGUCAAGUAUAAGGGUUCCAUUUAUUAAGAAUGCCUUGGAGAAUUAUGAAGGACAAUUUUCCUCAUUGAUCAAGGAAAAGUACUUGGAAUUUCUCGAGAUAUGGACUGACGCCAAUCACCUGAACAAGUUCAAUAAUCUUGUGGAAACUGCUGUUGAUCUUGAUCAGCUUGAGAAUGGAGAAUAUAUGAUUUCAUCUAGUUAUGACCCUGCUCUGUCCAAGUUAAAGAAUGUGCAAGAAUCAAUUGAGCAGCAAAUACUCGACUUGCACAGGCAAGUUGCUAAUGAUCUUGAUCUUCCAGUUGAUAAGGCCUUGAAGUUAGAUAAAGGCACACAAUUUGGACAUGUUUUUAGAAUUACUAAGAAAGAAGAACCAAAAGUAAGGAAAAAGCUCUCCACCCAUUUCAUUGUCCUUGAAACCCGAAAGGAUGGAGUGAAGUUUACAAAUACCAAGCUUAAAAAGCUGGGUGACCAGUAUCAGAAAAUAGUCGAGGAGUACAAGAGUUUCCAGAAGGAGUUGGUUCAACGUGUUAUUGAAACUGCAUCAUCCUUCAUUGAGGUAUUCAGUCCUUUGGCAGAGUUGCUCUCUGAAUUGGAUGUUUUGCUUGGUUUUGCUGAUUUAGCUUCUAGUUGUCCUACUCCUUAUAGUAGACCAGACAUCACUUCAUCGGAUGAAGGAGAUAUUAUAUUGGAAGGAAGUAGGCACCCCUGCGUGGAGGCUCAAGACUGGGUUAAUUUCAUACCAAAUGAUUGCAAACUAGUAAGGGGGAAAAGUUGGUUCCAAAUCAUCACUGGGCCUAAUAUGGGUGGAAAAUCUACAUUUAUCCGACAGGUUGGAGUGAACAUUCUAAUGGCACAAGUAGGUUGUUUUGUUCCCUGUGACAAAGCUAGCAUUUCUGUUCGUGAUUGCAUUUUUGCUCGCGUAGGUGCAGGGGACUGUCAACUUCGUGGAGUUUCUACGUUUAUGCAAGAGAUGCUUGAAACUGCAUCUAUAUUGAAAGGAGCUACAGAGAAAUCCUUGAUAAUCAUUGAUGAAUUGGGCCGUGGGACAUCCACUUAUGAUGGGUUUGGUUUAGCAUGGGCCAUUUGUGAACAUCUUGUUGAAGUGAUUAAAGCACCCACUUUAUUUGCAACCCACUUCCAUGAACUAACUGCAUUAGCUCGUGCCAAUACUGAUCUUGAGCCCCAUGGAAAGCAAAUUGUUGGUGUGGCAAAUUUUCAUGUCAGUGCACACAUAGACUCAUCAAAUCACAAGUUGACAAUGCUAUACAAGGUUGAACCUGGAGCUUGUGAUCAAAGCUUUGGGAUUCAUGUAGCAGAAUUUGCAAAUUUUCCUUCUAGUGUUGUGGCACUUGCCAGAGAAAAGGCUGCUGAACUGGAAGAUUUCUCUACUAACACAACUAUUUCAGCCACUAUUGGAGAAGAGCAAGAUGUACCCAAGCAAUCGAAGCGUAAACGAGAGUUUAGUUCAGAUGACAUGUACAAAGGUGUGGCGCGGGCUCGCCAGUUUCUAGAGGAGUUUUCCAACCUGCCAUUGGAUAAGAUGGAUCUGAAGGAAGCUCUGCAACAAGUGAGCCAAUUACGGGAUGGUCUGAAGAAGGAUGCCGUGGACUCUAACUGGCUCCAACAGUUCCUUUAGCCGACUCUUAUGAGGUGUGCCUGCUACCUCAUUCAUGCUUUUUGGUAUUUGUACAGCUUUGUAAGGCGUAAAGGAGAUGUUUUUGUAUCCUCCCUCACAAUUUUGGAUGUAUAGAAGCUUCAAAUAUUGUUGCUAGCUUCAGUUUUUUGUUACCUCUUUUCUUGGGUGGGGGUAAUUAUGUAUCAAGGGAAAGAAUGGCCGGAGGAAAUGGAAUUUGUAGACUAUAUCUGAUGAAAAA